CGUCCGUACAGAUUUCAUGUGGCUUCCAAGAUGGCCGCCUACAUCAUGUAAACAUGCGACCUCAUUUGGUCGUGCCCGUCGCAGAAAUUUCAUCUAUUUAACUUUAUUUCCGCUGUAAUAAUGUAUACGGUAUUAGAUAGUUAGACAGAACCGUGAAGAUACACCGUUUGGGACUACUUUUGAUUUAUUUAUUUUAUCCUGAAAGACAGUCUAGCAUUGGCCUGCUAACGUUAGCGAGGCAGCAGAUAGCAAGCAUGCCAGGUCAUACUCUGUUCGUCAACUGGUUGCCGAAGUCCGCUUCCAAUGAACGACUUGAGGAGAUUUUCUCCGAGAUCGGUCCUGUCAAGAAAUGUUUCGUGGUCAAAGACAAAGGUGCAGCAAAAUGCAGAGGAUUUGGCUACGUGACAUAUGCAUUGGAGGAGGAUGCACAACAAGCAUUGAAAGAUAUCAAGGAGUAUGAUGGAACAAAGCUUUUGAUCUCGGUGGCUAAGAAGAAAUCGGUGGACAAAAGGGGAAAAAAGAAAACAGCUAUAGAAGAAUCUGAUGCAGCCUUACCAGCAGGGCCACCACCACCGAAGGCAACUGAGCGGAAUGUUAAAAAGACCCUCAAGAAAAGGACACUAAAAGCUCGACUUAUCAUUAGGAAUCUCAGUUUUGAGUGCUCAGAGACGGAUCUUGUGCAGAUUUUUGCCCAGUUUGGAGAAGUGCUUGAUGCCAAAAUACCUCUUAGACCUGAUGGUAAGAUGCGAGGCUUUGCAUUUGUCCAGUUCAAAAAUUUGAUCGGGGCACACAAAGCGCUUCGAGAUAUGAACCUGAAAAUGAUUAAAGGUCGCCAGGUGGCUGUUGACUGGGCUCUGCCGAAGGACAAGUAUGUUGCCAUGGUGGUGACUCCCAGUGAAGAGUGUACGACUGGUGAAGAUACCACUAAGAAACAAUCGGAGCCUCAGGCUGAUGCUGAGGAUAAGGACAAGGAAAUGUGUGAAGCAACUCACAGGAAGUUCAGUCCAAAAGCAUCCGGACAACAGGAGGAGGAGGAUGAUGAUGAUGAUGAUGACGACGAUGAUGAUGAUGAAGAAGAAGCAGACAGUGAGGAAGACAGUGACAGUGCUAGCAUUGAUUCGGCCGAGGAUGAAGAUGAGAAUGAUGAUGAAGAUGAGGAGGAUGGUGAUGAAGACCAAUCAGCUCAAAAGAAGUCAAAGACAUCGCUCCCCUCUGACGUGAUGGAGGGAAGAACAAUUUUCAUCAGGAACUUGUCUUUCGAUACCGAGGAAGAGGGCCUGGAGGAAGUUCUCCUCCAAUAUGGAGAAAUGAAUUACAUCAAGAUUGUUUCCCAUUCAAACACGGGACAUUCGAAAGGUUGUGCCUUUGCCCAAUUUAAAACCAAAGAGGCAGCGGACAAAUGCAUCGCCGCAGCGCAGGACACGGCAGAGGCUGGCGGAAUCCGAGUGGACGGGAGGAAGCUGCUGAUUGUGGCCGCUGUCAACAGAGAGGACGCUGCCAAGUUGAAGGUCAAAAAGGUCAAAGUCCAAACGGGCACCAGGAACUUGUAUCUGGCUAGAGAAGGAUUGAUCCGUCCUGGAAGCAAGGCGGCCGAGGGUGUGCCUGAAGCAGACAUGAUCAAAAGAGCCAGAUUUGAAGAUUUAAAAAGAGCUAAGCUGCGGGACAUCAACGUGUUUGUCUCCAAGAAUCGUUUGUGUGUCCACAACCUGCCAAAAUCCUUAGACGACAAGAAGCUGCGAGCGCUAUGCUUACAGGGGCUAGCCGGCAUCGAAAGCGUGAGGAUAACAGAGUGCCGCAUCAUGUAUGACAGGAAGCCUGAGAAGGGUCAAGUCAUGGGCCACUCUCUAGGCUACGGCUUUGUCCAGUUUCAGGAGCACGAGCACGCUUUGGCCACGCUGCGCUACCUCAACAACAACCCCGACAUCUUUGGCGCACACAAGAGACCCAUUGUCGAGUUUUCCCUGGAAGAUUCCCGCAAGCUCAAGAUCAAAGAAAUGCGACUGCAAAAAAGCAAGAAUUUCAACAAACAAGGUGGACGUAGUGUGACGCCUCAGAUGAGAAAAGCCUGGACUGGACAAGACUGGAAAAGAAACAAGCAAGGUUUGUCAUCAGCUCCUCACAACAAACCGAGACCCAGCCAACACUGCGGCUUCCAGACCAAACCCGAAGUGGAGCAUGUGGACCUUCAGAACGGAAAGAAGCGGAGGAAAGUGCUGCCCUUCACGUCCCACCGAGGACCCAAGAUCAGAAUGCGUGACAAAGGGAAGCAGAAGGCUCCGCCCCCCAAGAAAGCUCAGCGUGGAGGCAGCAGAAAAGACCGUCAAACGUGGCAGAUGGAGAAGCGCACACAGACAAGAAAUCAGGCAAAAGGUCCAAUGAAGCAUUCGAGAAACAGGGGCAGCGAUCGAUUUGACAAUCUGGUGGAGCAGUACAAGAAGAAACUUCUCUCACACAGCGAAAAAAGCUCUGGUAUGAGAAAAAACAAGUGGUUUGUUAAGUAAACUCAUUUGCAUUUGGACGUUUGGAAUCAAUUCCUGAUUCAGUGGUGAGGUGUCAUAAUUGUACACAAUGUUUGAAUGAAGCUCCUGUGUUAAACUAUUAUGAUCUCCCCUGUCAAACAAACAGGUGUUUUUAUUGUACAUUUAGGCUGUCUUUAUAUUAAAACGAUGAAAACAA